AUGAAGAGGUGCAAAAAUCUCAACGCUGAGUUACCUGAUUCUGUGUUAUCGUUGAUCUUUUCCAAGUUAACAUUGAAGGAUUUGGUGAAAACUAGUGCAUUGUCGAAACAUUGGAGUCAUGAAUUGGGAUUCAUGAUGAAGAAUAUUAAGGAUCUCAAUUUUGAUGCAUAUAACAUGUUUGAUUAUAAUCCACUUCAGAAGUUACCACAAUACCUUCAACUAAGGGAUGAUCAAUCUCGAUUUGCUACAGGAUUGGAUCAAUUAAUGCUACACUAUCAAGGUGCUAUGAUUAAUUCCGUUCGAGUAAAAUUUCCAUUGGGUGAUCAACAUCGUAAUGUCAUUGAUAGAUUGAUUUCCCAAGGAGUUACAAAAGGUGUCAAGCAUAUUGAACUGUCGUUUUCGCAUGAGACUAACGAUAUUGGUUUUCUUGUGGAAGCAGAGCCUUAUAGGUUUUCCUUUACUCUCUUAUCUAACAAUACUGAUUCUCUAAUGUAUCUGCAUUUAGAGAAUUGCUUCCUAGUAGCACCUAGGGGAUUCUCUGGAUUGAAGAAUUUGAGAACUCUUGUGUUGCAUUUCAUUGUUGUGGAGAAGAAACUGCUUCAGGGUCUGCUUUCCAACUGCGUUAGUCUUGAAGACUUCACCCUUGAUGACUGCGAGUUCAAUUUUAAGUUGAAAAUUAUUAGUCCAACAUUGUCUCAUUUGAAAAUUGUGAAUUGUCGUGGUAACUUUGAAGGGGAGAUAUAUAUUGUUGCAUCAAAUCUCUCGUCCCUUAAUUAUUCUUGUAAUGGAUAUAGAGUACACCCUAUCAACUUUCAGACUCAAAUGUUAUCGCAGUUUAGCUAUAGAUGUAGGCAAAUUAUUGAAUUUAUUUCGUUGGAUAGAUUGAAAAAUGUGACAAAAAUUGUGUUGGAUGGAAUUGAUGAAUGUCUCCAAUCUUUUGUUAUACCGUAUUUGUUUAAAGGAAGUCUCCAACUUGAGGACAUUACCUUUAAGAACUGCUCGAUCAAAAAAUCAAUGGAAAUUACUAGUAUAAAAUUGCAUCAUUUGAAAAUAAUUCAUUGCUGCUUUGGGGAUUUCAAUCCUUAUAAGAUAUCCAUUGAUGCAUUGAACCUCUCAACGUUUGAAUUCAUUGGUCACACUGGGAGUAAAUUUUCAGUUGUGGCACCAAAGUUAUCGAAAGUUUUUUGGAGUGCAGCUAUAAGAUAUCAAAAUCAAUUUGGUCCAAUCCCAAAAUUACAUCAGAUUGAAAAUCUAGCUAUACUCGUUAACUAUUCACAGAUAGCAAAAUUAACGAAUGUCUUGGGUCAACUUCAAAAUCUUAGGCAAUUGGAGUUAUGUAUCAUCCAACCAUAUGAUUUUAAUAUGGAAUACUUUUCUAUUUUUGAAAUUUUAAUGGCUGCUCAGCAUCUUCAAAAGUUUUCUUUAACGGUUAGAAGAUCACAAGCGGUUGCUGGAAAUCUAGAUCAAAGAACAAGAAGAUAUGCAAAUUUUUGUCACAAUGAUUUGAAUUUUUUUGAGUUACAUGGUUGUGUAUGUACCAUAAACGCAAUAGAGUUUGUUAGACAUAUGUUGAGGAAUGUGAAUUCGGUUAAGAAAAUAACUUUCAGCUCCAAUGACAAUUACUAUUUAGGUGCUGGAAGAUGGACUAAGGGCACAAAUAAUGAUUGGUUUGAUCGUAAUUUUAUCCAUGAGAGUCUUGAAGAUGAAGUAAAAGGAAAGUGUCAACUUAUAGUUUUGUAG